UCAUAGCGCGAGAGUUAGAGACACAACUCAUGAAACCCGCCGCGGAACUCGCUGCUGCCGGGCUGGCGCCGGCCGGCCCGGUUGCCGACAGCAAGCUCGAUCUGCAGGGCGCUGACUCCUGUCCUAGCCAGCCAUCUCCAUCUUCAUCUUCAUCGUCAUCUGUUGCAACCGCGGCUGCGGCCGAAGCUGCGGCCGCUUCGGAAGCGGUGUCGGACUCACUGCAGUGUCCGAUCUGCUGCGACCUAUUGCUGCUGCCGGUGGUCACGGCGUGCGGACACGCCUACUGCCUGGACUGCUUCGAGGCCUGGCGCCUCCACGCCGCCGCCACCUACCACACCGUUGGCUCGCUGCUGGGCCGCCUGCACUGCCCCGUGUGCCGCAGCCCCCUGCCCAGGCACUUCAACGCCGGACCUGCGCUGCCGGGAGCCGGCGGCCGCGCCGGCCGCGCCAUCGGCCGCUCCGGCCGCAGCAGCAGCGGCUUCCUCAGCGCUGCGAUGGCUGCGUCAGCCGCCGCCGCCGUUGUCAACAGCAGCGGCGGCGUAGGGUCGUCGUCGUGCGUGGCGGCGGCAGCGGCUCCACCGCUGGUGCCGUGCGCGGCGCUGGGUGAUGCCAUCGCGGCACUGUGCCCGGCGCGCUACGCAGAGCGCCUGGCUCGGCGGCAGGAGCAGCUGCAGCAGCUGCAGCGGCUGCAGGAGCUCAAGCCGCAAGCCGCGGGCAGCGGGCAGGAUGGGCAGCGGCACCGCGGCCGUCGCCACGGGGCGCGUGACGGCGACCGCGCUGGUGGCGGCGGCGGUGGCACAGGUGGUGCAGCGGCUGGAGCGGGAGAGCCGUGGCAAGCCGACGCGGCAACGCUGCUUGAGCGCAGUGGCAGCGGCGCCAGCGCUAGCAGCAGCGGCGGCUUUGACGCACGGGCCCCGCAGCCGCACGACUUGGUCGGGUUGCCAUGGCCCCUCCGAGCAUUGGCGGCGCCGUGGCGGCGGCUGGCGGGUGCGGCGCGGCGCGCCUCACACGGCCUCCGCCGCCUGCUGCCGCCGCCGCUCCCGGGCGCGCCCUGGCACGGCCCCACACACGACGGCCUCACGCUUCCCCAGCCCUCGGCUCUGGAGGUGCUGGUGACAUUGGGCCUGGUGGGCAUCUACCUGGCUUCCUGCGGCUGCAUAGCGCUGGCGGUCCUGGAGGACGUCGGCGCCGCCAUGGGCCGUGGCCUGAACUGGCUGCGCCGCCGGCGCAGCCAGCCCCGGCUGUGGCGGCGGCUGGCCGCCGCCGUCGCUGCCGCGCUGGGCGGCGGUCGCCACCGCCGGCGCGGCGUUUCGGCUCGCAGCAGUGGAGGCGGAGGUGGAGGCGACGGCGCGGCGGGGCUGUGGCGGCGAGGCGUGGGAAGCCGCAGCAGGCCGUCGCAGCAGCGGGCGCUGCUGCCCCCCUGGCCCUUCGCCUGGCCCUCUGCGGGCGGUCUGUUGCCGCUGGGGUUGUUUGCUGGCGGGAACGGCGUUGGCGGCGGAUCUGGAGGUGGUGGCACCAGCAGCAAUCCAGGAAGUGGUGGGCUGCUGAGUCAGGUGCUGCAGCCACAGCACCACUGGGCGGCACGGCAGCCGGCGGACCCGCUGAUUAGAGCCGGCGGCGCCGGCAGCGGCAGCAGUGGCGGCGAGGAGGAAGGUCUUGUGGGUGGUCGGAGGCGGCGGGCCGUGUGUGAGGGGCCUGGAGCCGGCGGGAUGCUGGGGACCUCGAGGCCGGGGGAGCGGUCGUUGAGGAGCAGCCGGGGCAGGGCGCAGCAGGGGCAGCAGCAGCUGCAGGGGACGGGGCAGGCGAGCAGCAGGCGUGCAAGCCUGUGGGCUGCACGCGCCGAGCUGCUUGCUUGAGGACAGAGCCUGGGACGGUGACAUCGUUGUUGUCGCGGCGUGUGACGGUGACCGCAUCCUCUAUGUGAUUGCAUGCACCUAGCAGAGAGAUGCGGUGCAGGACAGAAGUCCCAUAGCGCAUGAGUGGUGCGCUGUAGGUGGAUAGGCGGUUCAAGAGAACGUUGGGCACAGGCACAGGCACAGGCACAGGAAGCUUCAUGGGCACAGACACCAGAGGCAUGCAGCUGGCGAGUAGUUUUACUGUUGUGAACCUAUUGACGGGGUUGCAUGUUUCCGGCCUUGGAUUUGAUUGAUGGAUCUGACCAGCGUCCGGUCAGCAUGUGUUUCACCAUGAGCCGCGGCUCUCUGGGAAGGCGGCGGAUACCGGGUGACAGACUCCAGCGGGGUACUAGGUCGGUGGCCCUGGGCUGGACCCUACAGAGGUCUGGCCCCCGCAGCUGAGCCGGUGUGGGAGGAAGGCCUGACGGCGCGUAAGUCCCUACUCUAAGGGUAGCCCCAGCUCGUCAUCAUGUCCUUUUACGGCGUUCCUGCUACAUUGGUAUCGAGCAUUCAGGUUCUCUGAACUCGAGCGAACGCGUUUGAGAGGUCACGAGUUCAAUCCGCUGUGCGUGCGGAUCAUCGUAAGAGGCUAUACAAGGUUACGGCG